GAUGAUCAGGUGAAAUAUUAAUGAUCUUUUGGAACAGAGAUUUAGAGAAAGUUGUAAAAGCAUUUGAUGUAAUAAGGAUCAGCCAAUUAAAAAGACCCGGAUUGAACAAUACAUCAUUAGUAGGCUAUCAUCAUCUUGCCGUCCACAGCUGCUAUCAAGUAUUCACAACAAGAGGGUCUCCGUCGUACCUCAAACAAUAUGUCGGUAAUCGUAAAAUCGUGUUCAGCCUUCACUCCAGUCAACAAAACGCGACAUUUUAACCAUCCCUUCUCGAUCAAAAACAUUUUAAACCUGGAUGAGGAUGAUAGCAGUGACUCAAAGCCUAAGGACAUCGGGAGUCGUGUUAUCAGACUACCUCAGCCUGUACAGGACCUGCCAUUACCUUACGACAAUAAUGCAGCUAUACCAUCAUGGAUUUAUGCAACACGUUACUGCAGACAAGGAAUUCCACUCGGAACCUUUGUCAACGUCCGAAAACCAAGGAAGUCGGUCAAGAAACACAAACAGCGACCACUGUUUUCACAAAAACAAAUCCAACGCCUAGAAGAGGAAUUUUCCAGCGAAAAGUACAUCUCAAAGUCAAGACGUUCAACUCUUGCGGCAGAAAUAAGCCUAACAGACGCCCAAGUACGAACGUGGUUUCAGAAUCGACGAACAAGAUGGAGGAAGGAAGCUCAUAGUGAGGACGAGAUAUGUUUAUCAGACAUCAGACAUCCAUGGCAGAUACCAAACAAGCAAGAACAUGGAUCUAACACGCUAAUUGUACGUGGUUAUUGCUGUUCUUGAAAUGGAUGUACAAUAUAGAAAACUGGGCACUGUAGUUCUUAUUAGUACCUAGGCCACCUCCUUCAAGGAUGCAUAAACUAACCGAUGGGAUUUCCCGUCAAACGAGAACCGCAGAAGUAUUCCGUUCCAAAAUCUAGCGUUGCAAACACGUUUAUUUAAUUGAUAAUCGUUUUCUUCCCAAUUCCUGACCAGUAAAUGACAAAGUGUCAGUAAAAAUCUCCGUGUUUAUUGAUAGUUGAUCUGAUCGUAUUCGCGUUUAUAUAUGCUGGACAUUGAGAUAGUGUCUACAAAGAAAAAUAAGAACAAGAAUGUUUUCUCGGUGAAAACAGUAUGUACUGCAGCUUCCAAUUGGAACAACAUAUACAUAGAUGUGCAGUGUAUUUAUGUAUGAGAGGGGUCGGGAAGGUUGUUUUUUGUAUACUCUCCUAUAAGAAAUUUAGCGCAUAAUGAAAUGUAAUAAUAAUAUCCUAGUUAUCAACUAUUCAGUCAUUAAAAGCUAAAACUUGCCAGCCUUCACUGUGCGAACUGUAGGUACUCAUGGUUACGCUUCAACAACAAG